AACGCCCCUAAUGUCACGCGUGCACAUUUGCACCUCAACGCGUGUCCAGGAAAAAUCCACCGCGCCUCAAAAUUGCAUCUUUCCACGCGCGUGAACCGGAAAUGUGGGAGGAAGGCGUGCCAGAUGGUAUCUGUGCAAGAUGGCAGCUGUCGAGCUAGCGCUUGAAGAGAGAGUCAGCCUUCUCUAUUUACUGUGGAGAGCAGAGCAGCGGCGUAAAACACGUCCUCGCCGUACCUGGGUCCAUCAGCUCCUCCAGAGGCGUGAGCAGUUUGGUGAGUUUCACCAUUUGCUCCAGGAGCUGCGCCUAGAUGAUGUCCGAUUCCAGCGAUACCACCGUAUGUCACCCGGCCAGUUUGAGGACCUGCUUUCCCGCGUCGGUCCCAGGAUCGCCCGCCGAGACACCAACUACAGGCGCUCAAUCCCACCUGCAGAGCGCCUGUCCAUCUGCCUGAGGUUCCUUGCCACCGGGGACUCCUUCAGGACCAUCGCAUACAGUUUCAGAGUCGGUGUGUCCACAGUGAGCCAGAUCAUCCCCCAGGUAGCGACGGCCAUCUGGGACUGUCUAGUGGACGACUUCAUGGCUGUGCCUUCACCUGGAGACUGGCGGUCCAUCACAGAGGGAUUCCAGGAGCGCUGGAACUUCCCUCUCUGCUGUGGAGCUCUGGAUGGGAAGCACGUCCAGAUAAUGGCACCCCAUAUAUCACAUAGGAGACACACACAUUGAU